CCUGUGUUACAUAUAACUAUCAGUGUGAUUGUGUUUUACAGUUACUGUUUUUCGUAAGUUUUCAUUGUUUUGUUCUUAACGUAGAGCAUCGCUUACGUUAGCCAGCUAGCGAUGUCUAGCAUAUCAUGUUCUGUGAGAGGAUGCCACAACAACUGGAUAAAGAGGAGACAGCAGUUGAAGCAACAGUGCUUUGAACAUAAAGUGGAGAUGCAGGAAUGUUGUGGAGCAGCAUACAACCUGCACCCCCCUCCCAAAGAUGAGGAGCAUUUAAGGCUGUGGCUAAAGGCGCUGAACCUGAAGAGACCACCCAAGCGACCAUACGUUUGUUCGUUUCAUUUCGUGGACGGCAAGCCGACGGAUGAGCACCCUUAUCCUGAGAAAUGGCUCGGCUAUGAUGCUCCGGUGAAGAAGCCACGUCGGGUGUUGAAGAGGUUACCGCCGGAUUCAGGUACAUCAGGUGGUGCCAGCAACGCAGUAGAGAACUGUGAGGAUGAGGAUGACAUACCUACACACUGUGAUGGGGAAACACAGUGGGAAGAUUUGUCUGUCAAUGACCACAGCUAUUCUUCAAAAUUAUUACUGCAACCAAAGCCCAGUACAUCUGACAAAGGAACACAAUGCAUUGAGCAAGUUCCACUGUACAUAACUUUACUGAGGAAUGACAACCUUUCUCAGCUUUAUACAGGGUUAUCUUUGGAUGCAUUUAAGUCUGUUGCUGAGCACCUCACAAAAGUCUACAGCGGUAGCUUUCAUUUACAUCCGUGGGAUCAGCUUCUGAUGACCCUGAUGAAGCUGCGUCUGAAUUUAUUGCAGGGUGACCUUGCUGAACGGUUUAGCGUCUCCCAAACCAUUAUAAGCAAGAUUAUCAGUUGCUGGAUUGACCUCAUGGAGGACAACAUGAGGUGUUACAUCCCAUGGCUUCCCAGGGAAACAAUUCAAGCAACAAUGCCUCAGUCCUUCAAAGAACAUUAUCCAAAAACAACAUGUGUGAUUGACUGUUCAGAGACUCCC